ACCUGGACUUGUGCAUGUUGUUUGAGCUUCAUCCUACUUGUGGCCGACCAUGUGAUUGCUGAAGAGGUGGCCAACCAUGGUGUUCAAGAGGUUAACACUACACAUGUUACAGUCACAACAGGAAGACCUCUCACUACCAACUCUUCUAAUACAACCCAUGUACAGCUUUCAUUUUUGAACAAUUAUAAAAUGUUGCAGAGAGCAUUCUACGUACUGAUUGGAAUCAGUGUCUUGGCUGUACUCUAUUUUGUCACACGGACCUGUAGGAUAAAAAAGAAACCACAAAGGAAGAAAUAUGGACUACUUUCUGACUAUGAUGAAAACAUGGAGAUGGGAUCCAUGGAUAGUGAUGAAGAGAAAAUCUUUGAAUCCCGAAAUAUAAGAAGGUAA